AUGAAGGGCGAAGCAGCAUUCUCCAAUCUACCAGCCUUGUUGAAUCUUAGCAUCACAAGCGCUUCAAGAAGCCUUCACUCAGGCGAAUUCACUUCGGUGGAACUUGUCAAGGCAUAUCUUGCGAGAAUAGAAGAAGCCUCGCACUUCAAAGCAGUUCUACAGGUCAAUCCAGACGUGCUGCAGGAAGCCCAAACACUUGACCUCGAGCGAUUACGGACUGGGGCGCGAGGGCCACUCCACGGAGUGCCCAUUCUUGUCAAGGACAACAUAGCCACUAAAGAUCGGCUUGACGCUUCGGCCGGGUCGUUUGCUCUCCUCGGCGCAAAACCUGCGCACGAGUCCUCGCUGGUUGCUAGAUUGAGAGCAAGUGGUGUUCUGAUACUGGGGAAAACCAAUCUGUCCGAGUGGGCGAACUUCAGAGGACUCGACAUCACAGGUGGCUGGAGCCCUCGCGGUGGCCAGACAUUGGGCGCCUACCAUGCCAAUGCCACUCCUGAUGGAAGUAGCGCCGGCUCUGCAGUAGCGACUGCUUUGGKACUGUGUACCGCUGCGCUCGGUACAGAGACUACUGGCRGCAUCGUGGGUCCUGCCGAAAAGAACAACGUCGUUGGUUUCAAGCCCACGCGAGCUUUGGUUGCCAACGACGGCACCAUUCCCAUUUCCAGACGCCAGGAUGUCAUCGGUACCCUCAGUCAAACAGUGAAGGACGCCGCAUAUCUACUGAGCCACAUGGCAGGCCGGAGUGACUUGGACGAGCGCACCUGGCAGAUCCCAUUCGAUAAGAUACCUGAUUACACAACCUUCUGUACAGGGACUGAUCUGACGGGUAUUACCAUUGGGGUACCUCGUAAUGCUAUUCCACCUGACGAACAAAAACCUGAAAUCAUGUCCUCGUUUGAGGCUGCCCUGGCCAUGUUCGAAUCUGCCGGAGCGAAGGUCGUGGAUAAUGCAAACUUCCCAGCAGGCGAAGAGUUUCAGAAGCUGGACCAGCAAGUUAAAGGGGUCGUGCGCUCGUCCGAGUUUCGUCGAGACAUGGCCCAUUAUUUAGACACAUUGGCUGAUAAUCCCAAUGACUUGCACUCCGUGGAAGACCUUAUUCAGUUUACCAAAACUCACCCGGCCGAAGACUUCCCGCGCUGUGACAUUGGUAAAUUCCUCUGGACACAGGAAAAGGAUGUUGACGUCGGGAGCGACAAGUACGCAGGGAUGGUAAAAGACGAGCUGUUCUAUGGUGGCGAGGGUGGCAUCCUYGGUGCGAUGACAAAGUUCCACCUGGACGUGCUUGUGGUGCCUUCCGAAUUCGGCUAUGCCAACGAUCUGGCAGCCAAAAUGGGAUUCCCCGUCAUUUCCGUGCCUUUGGGUUUUUGGCCGGAAGGCACGCCGAUCGAGAUGGAGGAUGAUCUGGUGGUCAAGGAAGCCGCCCAUCUCAGCAAGAAUUUGCAAUGCUCACGCCUGGACUGUCGAAGCUGA